CUGUGAUGUCUGUGACAGAGGCACCGCCUGUCUCCGUGCACUUUAAACUCUGCAAAUAUUUGCCUUUUCCCCAACUUGUUUGAAGCCAGUCACUCUGAAGCUUAGCGUCUACUUUGAAGGAAUUAAACAUGUCCAGAAAUUACAGACUUCUGGUGAAAAAUGCCAAACAGGUGGUUCUGAUCUGCAACAACGGAGAGAAGUUCAUGACUAAACAUGAGAUGCCAAAUUUUUGUGUGCUUGAAAAUGGAAGCAUAGUGAUAGGAAGUGACGGGCUGAUCAAAGCUGUGGGGCCGGCAGAGACCAUCAGAGAGCAGUAUGCAGGAGCGACCUUUGAUAAGGUCAUUGAUGCAACCGGGAUGUGUGUCCUGCCUGGGUUGGUGGACGCUCACACACAUCCAGUCUGGGCUGGUGACAGGGUGCAUGAAUUUGCAAUGAAGCUGGCAGGCGCCUCCUACAUGGACGUGCACCGGGCCGGCGGAGGGAUCCACUUCACGGUGCAGCACACUCGGGCUGCCGGCCCCUCUGAGCUGUUCUCCUCCCUCAGCAGCAGGCUGCUCCGGAUGCAGCGAGCGGGCACCACCCUGGUGGAGUGUAAGAGCGGCUACGGCCUGGAUCUGCAGAUGGAGCUGAAGAUGCUGCAGGUGAUCGAGGAGGCCAGACGCACCCUGCCCAUCAACAUCUCUUCAACCUACUGUGGAGCCCAUGCAGUGCCCAAAGGGAAAACAGUAGAGGAAGCCACAGAGGACAUCCUGCAGGUGCAGCUGCCGAAGCUGAAGGAGCAGAUGUCUGCAGGGACUCUGAGAGUGGACAACAUCGACGUGUUCUGUGAGCAGGGAGUGUUCGACCUGAGCUCCACUCGCCGCAUCCUGCAGGCCGGCAAAGACAUGGGCCUGAACAUCAACUUCCAUGGGGAUGAACUACAUCCCAUGAACUCUGCUCAGUUGGGUGCAGAGCUCGGAGCCUCAGCCAUCAGUCACCUGGAGGAGGUCACAGCAGGGAUCGAUGCCAUGGCAACAGCGAGAACCUCCGCCGUCCUUCUGCCAACGACAGCUUACAUCCUAAGGCUGCCCCAGCCUCGAGCCAGGGACAUGUUGGAAGCUGGAGUUAUCGUUGCCCUGGGCAGCGACUUCAACCCUAACGCCUACUGCUGCUCCAUGCCAAUUGUCAUGCACCUGGCCUGUGUCAACAUGAGGAUGUCCAUGCCUGAGGCUCUGGCUGCAUCCACCAUCAACGCAGCCUACGCCCUCGGUUGCUCCCACACACACGGCUCCCUGGAAGUCGACAAACAUGGAGACCUGCUGGUCCUCAACACCACACGAUGGGAGCAUCUGAUCUACCAGCUGGGAGGACAUCAGGAGCUGAUCCGCUACGUCGUCAUCAAGGGAAACAUUGUGGUUGAUAAUGACAAAACUAUGGACUUGUAACCAUAAGACAACAAGUGACAUUUUUGGAAAUAACUUGGGCUUUCCCAAACUUUAAAUGUAUUGCUCAUCUAAGAUAACCAGCCGCUUGCUGUGGCUCAUGUUGAAGACAUUAGGAACAUUUAAAGAAGUAUUUCCCAAAAUGUUGUGACUAAGAUGUUGUUGUGUUUGCUGCCUGUCAAAGAAUGUGACCAUGGCGAAUAAUCUUUUACUGUUUUUAGAUAAAUGUCAUGUUAAAAUCUGCCUCUCUAUUCAUCCAUCUCUAUUUCAUUAAUGAAGUGCAAAGCCUGCCUUCAUUCAGCUGUUAAGCGACUACAGGAGUGUCAUUAUCACUUCACAAACAGGAGAAAUAUUUCCAGUAAUGUGAUCACACAGGUAAUUGAUCGGCAUGAUGUGACCUUUGUUAAUGUGUGACACGACCUGAUGCUCACCCUGCUUUUAUCUGUUUGCAAUCUCAGAGCUGCUGUAUGACCGUCAGGGUGAGGCUGAUACUAAAACCACCAGAAAACCAAAGUAAUGAGAAUUAUCAGAAACAUCAGAUCUGUGAAGAGUGCUUUUAUUGAACGUGUUAGUACACUAUGUACAUACGUCAUAUAUUUGUCCAGACAAACUAUACUUGGACAUUUCCUGAUCAUUUGGACAAACAAUACUGUGACUUUUUAUUGACAUACUAUAUUAUCACGUUUUUUAGGAUAUUUCCGACGUGUUAUACUUCCUAUUCUUUCCAAAUACUAUACAAUGCCUUUUGAACAUAAUAUACGUUAAUUUUCUGGUAUUUUCAAUUUACCAUAUGACCUUUUUUUCAACAUAAUAUAACGUGUUUCAAUGUAGUAUCAAAAACAUCACAAAUGUGAGAGUGCUUUUAUUGAACAUGUUAGUACACAAUGCUUGUUUUAUCUGAAUGUACACACCAUAUAUGUGUUCACAGGCAUAGCUUAACAACCCAUACAAAUAAAUUCUCCCCACUUCCUUUU